UGUGCUGUUACGUGGCUGCGCCACGCCUUCCUGCGGACUGUACCUGGUCUGAUACUCUCACCGAACUGUAUCUCUGGAGAUGCUGAGCUUGUUGUGGCUGCGCAUUUGGGCCAACUUACCGUUAUUGACCAAGAAUCGCAAGCUUAUUGCAGACCCACGUCUCUUUCUGGCUCAAAUAUCAGCGGCAAUUGGGGUCCUCAUCUGAUAGUAACAUCGCGCCUCAGUCUACCAUCUUGGCGAACCCGGUUGCUCACCUGGUGUCCUGGUCUGAAAGUUGUCUGUUUGUGUCUGGACGUUGCGGGUGAGCCAUCUGGCAAGAGUCGACGCCUACGAGCCUGCGUUGCCCGCGGUGCUGUCAAUAUCUGUUUGACAACCUACAGUGCACUGCGUGCCCGUCCAAGCCGUUACAGUCAAAUACAGUGGAGUGUUAUAGUUUUCGAUCAAGUGCAUAACCUAGUCCAUCAUCUGGGUGGUGCAGGCAGUAACAGAGAAAUUAACGGAUACCGAUCACAAACUACUAUGAAGCCAGGAUGCACAGGAGGCCCUCAACCUGGUGGCGACCUUUCUUCUCUUUCAACGGAUGUGACCGGAUCUGGAGAAGUUAAAUCUAGUUGCAGUAGACACAAUGCUGCUAACUCUCUGGAUUUGUUUACUUCAGUGCUCAGUUGCACUGGACAUCGGCUGUUAAUCAGCUCAGUACCGGAUUUGUGCCAUUCACUUUGUGGUUAUCGGCUAUACUUAUUGAGUCGUUUGCUGUUGUUGAAAGAUCCUGUGGGUUCGCCCACAUACGAAUCGUGGGUUUCUGAGCUGUUUAAAGCUUCCGCAGCAUCACAGAAAAGACGUACGUCACAAUCCAGUGGAUCUGAACGCCCCACUAAGCGCCAGUUGAUUAAGUUCAUGGAACCUUUCAUUGUUCGCUUGGACGAAGAUGACGAAUGGGAGACUUUAGUAUGUGAGGAAAUCGUACCUUGUCCAAUGACUACCACUCAGUGCGAACUUCACGAUGCUGUUCUCGCGACGAAAACGUAA